AUGCUUAAAAAGGACCCUCAUCCUUGGGGAACAGAACAGACUACAGCUGUCCAGAGACUAAAAGAAUUGGCUCACAAUCCUCCACCCUUCACCAUUCCAUCUACAGGAAAUCUUAUCCUUCAGACGGACGCAUCUGAUCAUGCGUGGGGGGCCAUUCUCCUUGAAAAUCUCAACAACAAGGAACAACUGUGUGGUUAUGCAUCAGGACAAUUUUCUCCAUCAGAAAAGCAUUACCACUCAACUUACAAAGAGAUCUUGGUAGUCAAAUACGGGAUAAAAAAGUUUGAGUUUUUCCUGAUUGGUCAACGCUUCCUGGUUCGGAUGGAUAAUUCUUCAUUUUCAAAAAUCCUUGAAUCCAACCAAAAGACCUUACCAGAACCUCAAUUAUUGAGGUUAAAAUCAUGGUUUAGCAUAUAUGAUUUUGAAGUUCAGCAUAUAAAAGGGACGAGAAAUCUCAUCCCAGAUUUCUUAUCCAGACUGUCAAAGCCACAACCAAAACACCAACCUAUUGUCCUCCUUACCUCAACAGUUAAUCUUCCUAUAAUCUUCAUGGCCUCUUCGUCCUCAAAAAAUCCUCUACAACCUCCCUCACCACCAGACCUUCCCACAAAUCUCACAACAAGACAGGUCAACGAUUUUGCCAAAAAUAUGUUGUUUCAUUAUUUGGCAACUAUCCAACAAACUUUCUUGCCACCCAUCUAA